GAACCGGUGUGUCAGCUGCCUGGGGGUGGGGAAGAAGCGGGCAGCCGAGCAGGCACCUGAAGCGAGGAAACAGCUCGAGUCACUUGCUGCCUUGCCCCAGAGGACUGCUGUGCUGUUCCUUUUCCAGCUGCUUGUGCAUUUCGCUCCUCGGCAAAGUCCAGUCCCUUAUCAUUGGCCGCCUCCAGCUAGAGGGCCGGCCCCCAGCAGCGACUAGCUCUUGCGCCUUCCCCGUUUCGCUUCACUUUCUCCAUUGCCUGCUUGCCUGCAGUCUCGCCUUCUUUCCCGGAGCAGCCCAAGAAUGCACGCGUCGGCGGCACGUCUCGUGACCACCCUGGUCGCCCUGCAGCUGUGCCCAGAUGUUCUCGGGGGCCCGCAGCACCAGCCGUUCGUGCUGAACGCAGACUGGCGCCUCCGGCUGACCCAGGUCCAAAACUUCAGGUGGGAGAAAUGUGGCCCUUCAUCGCUACCUGCUGUUAUAAAGAGUAUGAGCAUAGAGCCAGACCCCAUCCCCAUCCCAGGAGAUGUGACUUGUUCUGUAUCAGCUGCUACAACUAUGGCCCUUACUCCACCACUGCAGGCAGUAGUCACUUUGGAAAAGAAGCUUGGUGACAUAUGGAUAAAGCUCCCCUGUGUGGACGACAUUGGGAGUUGCACCUAUAAAGACAUUUGUACUGAUCUGGAUCGUCUUAUCCCUCCAGGCCAAGCGUGUCCAGAACCCUUGCAGUCUUUUGACAUUCCUUGUCACUGUCCCUUCAAAGCGGGUACUUACAACUUGCCUACCUCUCAGUUCUACAUACCCAACAUGGACUUGCCUUCUUUCCUCACUAAUGGGAACUACCAGUUGAAGGUUGAACUGAGUAUUGGUGACCAAGAUCUUGCCUGUUACGUCUUUUACUUCUCCCUGCAUGCUGAGAGUGCCUGGUUUUGGUGAACAGAACACAGGCAUCCCUGAUGAAGAGAGUGCCAUAUUUUCCUCCUGCUUUUUCUGUCCCAUUAAAAUACUAGUAUUGAGACUCACUUUGCAGCCUUAAGGGGAAGGGGAAUAAUUACUGCUUUUAUGAUGGCUUUUAAUCUCUUGGAGAGAGAACCAAACUCAGUGAAGAAAUGUUCAUACAUAUUUUAAAUCGGAAGUGGGAGCCAGUGUUCGUUCUUUGGGCUGCUUUACACAGGGUAUUUGUCCUACAUAGGAAUGGGGUAGGGGUGUGAAGUGUAUAAUAACAACAAUAAUAAUAAUAUGCAUAGAUGAUGUAAAUAUUGAUCUGACUGCAUGCCAAGUGCAGCUUCUGAGCAUAGGAACAUACAGUAAAGUGAUACAUGCACAGUCUUUACACAUGGUCAGAUACAUGGGAUUCCCCUACGUCCCACUUAUUCUCAAACUGUGCAGUAGACAUGAGACACCAAGAGCAGGUGCUGUUCGAGGAGGAUGCCCUAAACAGGAACUUGACAAAUGGAGACUGAGGGAAGGAAUUGCUCUGUCCCAUCUCUUUGAACUGCAGUCCAGAAAAAUCCAGGCCCCAUUACCACCGCCUCAAGACCACAAUGUCUACUGUAGUGGCUCCAUCACCCACUCAUGCCACUUCAGCCAACCUCAUCUCUUCCUCCUGACCUGGGCUUGGUAGGUGAGUGACUGGAGGAAAGCAAAGCAAUGGGGACAAGGAGAGAGGAAAGGAAAGCAGGGAAGAGUUAUUGUGUGACCCUUUUAAUAUCAAUUCACUGUAGAUCUUGUCAUGCCACUUCACACACAUGGCUCUGCAUGGAGCAUGUCUCCUUGAGCCCACCCUCUAACUAUAUGAUUGGGUAGGGCAGCCUAGAAAAUAAAGCAAGAAUACAAAAUUCAAAAGGGUUAAGAAAUAUUGCGCUCUUCACUUAUGCAGGAGAAACAUCAUGUGAAAAGUGGCCCUUAUGUGCAUGCUUGACCUUAUUUAGUGUGCACAACAUUGUUGGUUGUAAUAUCACUGGCCUGUUUGGACUGGCACUUGCCUUUCAGGCAAGCUUCUAGUGGCAGCCACAGCAGUAGUGGGGGAACUCUCAGCCUGAAGAUUGUGCAGGUAAUCCUGAAAACGUUUGCAUUUUGUGUAAGACUCUACUAACAUUUAUGGAAAGGACCAAAUACUUGCCCGUCUUCUCCAAGGUACCUAUAGAUCUGUUUGGGUACAGCUGGACAACGUAGGACCAUCUUCAUCCUUACAUUAUUUUCUUGUCCAACUAGAUAGGGAAAGAUAAUUACUGACAUCCUAAUUCCUAAGGAACCAAUUGACUGAUUCCAUGCUCUGAUGGAAGUUCUGGAAGCCAGGGCUCUAUUAUUAUUCUCAAGGAGACAGGCUCAUGACCACUAGAUUGAAAAGGAGCAAAUUGAUUGGCUUAUGAACAUUCUAAUCAUUGCCAUUUUGGAUCACAAGUUAUCUGGUGGUUAACCAGGUAAUCUGAAGAGAUAAAAUGUAGAAUUAAAGGUAAAAUAUGCUGUCAAGUCGAUUUUGACUUGUGGCACCCACAGAGACCUGUGGUUUUCUUUGGUAGAAUACAGGAGGGGUUUACCGUUGCCGCCUCCUGCACACUCCUGGAAUCUGCACAGUAUAAGAUGAUCUUCCUAUAUUGCUUCUGUCUGAUAUAGGUGUUUCCCAUAGUCAUCCCAUAGUCUGGGAAACAUACCAGCGGGGAUUCAACCCGGCAACCUUCUGCUUGCUGUUCAAGCAUUUCCCCAUUGUGCUGUAUACUAGAGUCUAUAUCACUAACAAUUUCAGGUAUUGUGGCCUACAAUAUUACAGGUGAUUGGUCUGGACCGUGUUGGGAUUAUUGCCUACCAGUCAGUUCUAUGAGUGGUAGAACGAAUCUGUUUGGUAGCUAUUAGGAGUGCUGUGCUGGCAAAUGUCUUACGUUUGAAUAUGUGCUGAUCACAGUCUUGUAGAGUUAACAAUGAGCCAAUGUAAGCUGAUAGAAAGAGGCUAGUUUCUGUAGCGUGACUCUGCUUGACUGAUUCUUAUGCAAACUCUUCCACUAACCACCAUGAUGUCUAUUUAAACCUUAGGGUGUGUUCUGUCUCCCCUCCCCCAUAGGCAGGUUCACAUGAACAGUGGGACCUGAGGUUUGCACAAGCACUUGCAGCCUCAGGAGCAUGCAUUCCUCCCCCAGCCCCCAUGCAAGCCUCUGCUUCCCAUCCAGGUUCCAAUAUGCUGAGACGGGUUGUGACUGCCUUGUUUCCAUUAGGGAGCUCAACAUUUGUAACGUACUUCAGAUCUCAGUUGGGUUCUUUAGUGGAAGUAGGAUAUGAAGCAUGCAGAGAUUGAUUGUAGUUAUGUCCAAACCCAUCUUGGCAUAUUGGAAUCUGGACAGGAAGCAGAGAUUCUCACAAGGAUGGGGAGCACACAGUGUCUGCUCCCGGGGCUAUGGCACUCAUGCCAACCUCAGGUGGUGUACGUGCAAAUCUGCCCAUUAGGACCUUAAGUAUGUAGGGUAAGCCCUACAAGUUUCUAUGAAUGUGUGUAAGCAAUCUUUGUUACAAGAGUUACAACUUAAUCUGUCCUGUUUUUAUUUCUUCAUGUCAUUUAACCUUAAGAGUGAGUUGUGCCACUAGUAUCUCCAGGGAAAAAAUAUCCUAUUUUAUUUCCUAUUGCCAUCUUGAUUCCUGAGAUCUUUUGUAUUCUCUCCCCAACAUGCUUUUAGGCCUCAUUUAUCUCCACUCUACCAUGCUUCACAUUUCCCCUGCUGUAUAUUCCAGACAAAUACUAUGCUCCUUUUUGAGAGAUUAGGAAAAAACACCCUGACAGCAUAUAGAGGAGUAAUGGUCCAGGCUGAAGGAAGAAUAGCCCCACCAUCAGUGUCCUUCCCACCCCUUGUUAUCAAACCAUUGGGUCCUAUCAAGCCAUUUUUCCUCCUUGUCAGAGCCAGUGAAAAUAUUGUGAGGAAUCUGUAGUCCCUGAAUGAAGCUGGAGAUCCCGAUUCCAGUGGUGAAUGAUGAUUCCUCAGGGAAGAUUGCUCUGCUUUAAGAACAUAGGAAGUUGCCAUAUACUGAGUCAGACCAUUGGUCUAUCUAGCUCAGUAUUGUCUACACAGACUGGCAGCAGCUUCUCCAAGGUUGCAGACAUGCGUCUCUCUCAGCCCUAUCUUGGAGAUGCCAGGGAGGGAACUUGGAACCUUCUGCUCUUCCCAGAGCGGCUCCAUCCCCUGAGGGGAAUAUCUUAGGGUGCUCACAUGUGGUCUCCCAUUCAGGUGCAACCAGGGUGGACCCUGCUUAGCUGGGGGGGGACAAGUCAUUCUUGCUACCACAAGACCAGCUCUCCUCCUCGUGGAUAGGUUUUCAGAUUUAUUUAAUAUAUGCAAGUCAAGAAUGAGAAUUGUGCCACUCUCUGUACCACCACCAUGAGAAGGAAUUUUCCCAACUCCAGCUUAGGAACAGAACAUCCCCCACCUGCAUUUUUCAUUACACUUCUUUGCAUGAUACAGUUACACACUUGCACCCAGGCUGUGUGUAAGAGACCCUCACAUCACUGCAUAUAAAGAGUGUGUACGAUACCACUGCUGGAUGUCUUGCAUUAUUGUCUGCUGAGCAUGCAAUUAUCAUUUUGUAUCCCAUCCUAAAUUGCUGUCAUAUCUGUGGCAUGGGUAUCUGGCAACCUUUGAAUAUUACCAAGAGCUUUUACAAGACCAUGCUAUUAAAGCAUCUAAGAGCACCUUGACUGAGAAUGGACACUAUACCAUAGUGUGUGUCCCAAUGCCAGAUAAUUGCUUGAUGGGGUUAAAUAAGUAAUAUGGAACACCAUGGAUAUAACUUAUGUACAUAUAUGGCACAUUUAUAUUUAGAAAAGCUUCAUUUUCCCUGAAUGUUUUACAGUUUAUCAUUGAUAAUGGGUUUUAUGUUGGUUUUUAUUUGCACUGUCCUAAUCAUCUCUCAAAUUAUUGCCAUCGUAAAUGCUUAUCAGAAACCAGUUGAUUUAUUUUGUGAAGUCUGCUGAAAAAAAUUCACUGGCCUUUGGUGCUGGUGCCAUAAUGUAUUAAAUAAACCUUUUUAUUGAUA